GCCUCAAUCGCCGAAGCCAUGAGCGGCCUCCUCCAAAAGCUGUUCCCCAUCAACAACUGGACCUCUGCCCGUGAGACCUUCACAAAGGCCACCGUCGACGCCAUGUGGGCCAGGAACCCCGACCGAAGACGCUGGGUCGCCGCUGCCUGCUACAAUAUGAACUGGGACGUUGCCAACCGUGGCGGAAUCUCCGAUGUCGCCAGUGUCAAGCUCUCCAUGGGCGCUCUCAACACCGACUACGACUGCUUCUAUAUUGGUCGUAACAACGCGCUUUGGACUCGUGGUGAUGGUGGCUACAUUAACCUUGCCAUUGUAUCCGACAGCAAUUUCUGCACUUUUGAUGGCCGCACCGCCGACCUUACCUGC